UUCUCAGCCCAAGCACCAGUCCCAUAUUCGCCGCGCUGUGUAUUCUGGGAACACACAGUAGUUUCAAGAUGGCGGCGAGCAGGAGGCUGGCCAAGGAACUUGAAGAGAUUCGCAGGUCUGGAAUGAAAAACUUCAGAAACAUUCAAGUUGAGGAAUCAAACCUAUUGUCAUGGCAAGGGCUCAUUGUUCCUGACAACCCUCCUUAUGACAAAGGAGCGUUCAGAAUUGAAAUCAUUUUCCCCACCGAGUACCCUUUCAAGCCUCCGAAGAUCACAUUCAAGACAAAGAUCUAUCACCCCAACAUUGAUGAGAAGGGCCAGGUGUGCUUGCCUGUGAUCAGCGCAGAGAACUGGAAGCCUGCCACCAAAACUGACCAAGUGAUUCAGUCCCUCAUUGCGCUGGUGAACGACCCCCAGCCGGAGCACCCCCUUAGGGCAGACCUAGCAGAAGAAUACUCAAAGGACCGUAAAAAAUUCUUGAAGAACGCUGAAGAGUUUACAAAGAAACACGGUGAAAAGCGGCCAAUGGACUGAUGACCUGACGAGCGUGUAGCCCUCUCUCUGUCUCUUUCUCCCCCCUCUCCUCCUAUCUCACCUGCCCAACCAAACACCAAUCUUCCUCUCGCCUCCCCGCUCUCCCCCUCACCUCACCCCCUUCCUCGCUCGCUCACUCACUCUCCCCCCCCCCCUUCCCCCCCUUCUUCCCCACACCGGUCCUCCCUGCAGUCCAGGAGCCGCCCAGCUGAAGCCCGGCAGCGGCAGCCUCAGCCUCCCUCCCCAUCCAGGACUCUCUGUGGAUCAGACAGCUUCCUCCCCUCUUACUACUGCUCCUCCUCCUCCUCCUCGGCCAUUAAUCUCCAGACCAUUACUAACUUUUUACUCUUUUCUUAAUGUGAAAAAUGGAAAAAGAAACGCUAAUGGGAACAUGAUGUUCAGAUGAAGUUAGAUGGAAAUACUGAGUAAUGUGUUCAUUCUGUUUGCUUUUCCUCUCUAUAAACAACACCUGUGUUAAAUAGAUCUCACAUAGACAUGAUUUUUCUGAAGUAUCUUAUUUUUAGUAGAACAGGAAAACUGGUUGACUAUUUUUUUUUUUUUUGCCCCACCAUCAAUAAUCUUUUAAGUUAAAAAAACAAAGGUAAGAAGCUGUAGGUAGGACCUGGAGGUGUGUGUGCUGACUCAAAUGUUUCCCUUACUCACCUCCACUGCUUCUAGACUUGCACUGUACUCUAUGGGACAAUCCCUGACUUCUCCUUCUCCACAGUCUGUAACCCACUGAGCAGAAACAAACAAUGGCAGGCCGUACUUUAAUUGAAUUGUUAUUGAUGAAAAUGCUACAGAAGAUUCUUGAGUGUUAAAAAAAAAAUUAUUAGUUUCCAAACAUGCCGUCUCAGACAAUGCUGUUAAAACAGUUUCCAGCAUGAAAAUUGCCCAUUGUGAUUUUCUUUUCCUUAUUAAUGAUAAUUUGCUUUCUCCCCUCGAAAUUGUUUUGAUUGGCACUUGAUAUUCCAAAUUGGUAACCUAGGAAGAACCCGUUUGGUUAAUCUAAAUCUCCCAUGCAUGUCGUCGUCGUCGUCGUCGUGUGUCCCCCCCCCCCCCCCCCCCCCCCCCCCCCCCCUCCCCCAAUAUAACCACCUAUCACAUUAGAAACAGCCCUUUACCACACUGAGACAUGUCAGCUGCCCAGCUGUGGGGGACCUAUCUCGGGGAGGGGGAAGGAGAAGCUGGAGAAGGAGGAGGAUGCACUUGGCUGGAAUGAAGCUCAGCUCCUGGAGGCGGUCCUAGAAACAAGCACCUUGAAGGCAGCUGGGAGAGGGCUGGCUGUCCGGGGAUGUGUCAGGACAAGGAAAGGGACUGCAGUGGCCAUAAAACCACCAUGUAACAGCUGUUUGAUCUGGUCCCAAUAUUGUUUCAUAAUAAAGAUGGCUAACCAUUUGGCCUCACUGUC